CUACACUAAAACACAAGAUUUGGUGGUAAACUGACUACAACUGACAAACAUGGACUUGCUGACAAUCUUCUGUCACCUCCUGCUUUUGUGCUUCGACCCAUCUGCAGCCACAAGUCUCAUUACAGCAGAUAUAUUUGAAGCAAGAGGUCAGCGUGUGUGCAAGGCAGGAAAAGGGAGGCCGUGCUACAAGUUGGCCUACUUCUCUGAGCUCCGCCGGAGGCUGAACUUCGUGGAGGCAGAGUUGGCCUGCAGACGGGACGGAGGGCAGCUGCUGAGCGUCGAGUCUGCAUCCGAGCAGAAGAUCAUAGAGCAGCUCAUCACCGAGCUCCGCCCAACCGAUGGAGACUUCUGGAUAGGUCUUCGCCGUAACCAUGGAGACGGGGACAGCACCUCCAACUGCUCUUCACAGUACUACUGGGUGGACGGCAGCAAGUCCACGUUUAGGAACUGGCACUGGGAUGAGCCAUCAUGCGGCUACGAGGUGUGUGUAGUGAUGUAUCACCAGCCCUCUGCUCCCCCCGGUCUGGGAGGACUCUACAUGUUCCAGUGGAACGACGACAAUUGUGAAACCAAGAACAACUUCAUCUGCAAAUACACUGCCGAGAAGCUACUGGAGCCUUCUCCUGCUCCCAACUCCACCCAAACAGAUGUCUUCCCUUCAUCAGUGCUGCCGUGGAAUCCAAGUGACCCCAACCAGGACAGUAGAACAGCUGUGAAUUUGGUUUACAUCAUCAUUCCCACGAUUCCCCUCAUACUGCUGUUGCUGACAGUGAUGGGAGUCUGCUGCUUCAAAAUGCUUGCCAGACGAAGGAGAAAACAGCAGAAAUCAGAAGUUUGCCAGACAGACGCCGUAAUCUGUCCGAGCCCGAUUCCCACGGACGUCUACAACGUCAUCCGCUCGCAGAAAGACGAUGACCUGGUUUCAGCUCGGCCCCACACCAAAAACACCUCCUUUCUAUGCUCCUCUCCGGACACACCGACAGGUGACUACGACAACCUCGGGGGUCGCGACACAGAGAGCGGCUUUGUGACUCUUGCCAGCACAGAGAGUUGUUUCCUCAACUUUGACCUCAAUGACCUCACCCUCGGACGUCGUGGCACCCGCGAUUUCUACGACACCAGCUUGGGCCGCUCGGGAAAGAGAGACCUGAACGACAGCAGUCUGGGUCGCACCGGCCACCGAGAGUUGUACGACAGGAGUCUGGGUCGGCGUACAACCAAGAGCGAGCAUUAUGGCAGCAGUGUGUAUGCAGACCAUGGACUGUAUGAUGUCAGUAUCAGAGCAGGGAGUGACCUCUAUGAUCCCAAACUGAGGCCUGGAGGCCUCACAGGAAAAGUCGACCUCUAUCAGACAUAUGUCACCAACGGCAAGGACGACACUUACCAGACCAGCCUGGGAACCUACGCCAACCGAAAGUCCUACCAAGCGAAUCUGGACAGCUACAGAAACGGGCUGACCCUGGAUGGUGGAAGGAGAUACUUCAAUGAGCAGGAUUGGAUCAACAGAGAGUACUGAUCCUCUAAACCGCUCCUUAAUUGUGUGUACAGUUGUAUGUGUGAUUACGAACGGUUGGGAGAGAAUGACAAAAAUCUGUGCAUGUAUGUGUUUUUAAUGUUUCUAUGGUCUGUGCAGGGCAUGAAUAUCAGGUGAGGACAUGUUCAAAUUAGAUUUCGUACCUAGUCCAAAAUGAAAUCUGUAGCCUGCCUGCAUUUCUGUGCGGCAAUUAGUUUGCGAUAAUCUAACAGAAAUUUGUGAUCAAUGCAGAUAGUUUGAUUUGCUGAUCUCUGCCUCUAUCCCAGUAGAAUGCCAUUAAAUGAAAUUUACUUGCAGCACUAGAAAAUUACAUUUUAGUAAUUCCUGCAGAAGCAACGAUGAGGUUUCUCUGAAAAACCCAGAACAGCUUUCACUUUAGCUACUUUCUACUGAAGACAGUCUGUGCAUUAUUGGGGACAACUUUCUAUUAUUUGUUAUACUAAUAUGGUGAUCCCAAAGACAAUAACAACACUGUAACCCUACUGGAAAAUCAGGGAAAUAACAUUUUUGGUAAUCUGGGUGAACUAAGGUUAUUAGAUUAAUGUAUUAGAUUGAGGUCUGUGCACUCAAAUGUUUCUCACCAUUUGUCCCCAGUCAUUUUCUCUUGUUACAACUCAAGUUUUCCUCCAUAAAUAGAAUUAAAAAAAAAAAAUUAAUCCAACAGCAGGGUAAUAGGAAAGUUUGGCUGUUAAUGUGAGUGCAUAUCAGACAGUGUGCAUGGCCUCGUCAUGCUUGCUUGGUAGGAUAACCACUGAGGUGUGCUGUGCCUAAAAAGGCUGUUUCAAUCACACCCAAGUUUACCUGAUGUAGACAGGCUACCUCCAACACAGUACUGCGUGAGGAAGUUGGUUUUAUGAACUGUGCGUUUUGCCUUAAAUCAUGAGAUGUCCAGAACUUCAUAUGCUUACUCCAUUAUUGAUUAACGGCACUACAUCUCCCAUUAAAUGAAUCAAAGACAGCGAAAAAAAACAUGAACAAGUGGAAAGGUAGCUCUUAGCGAUUUUAGCUUCAGUGCCUGCAGCCUGACCACAGAAAAUGGCAUGAUAUUGAAGAUAACUAUCAAGCAUAGCAUUAUUAUUGUAAUUAUUCUAAGUUAUUCAGAAUGUAUAAUGCCUUGGCAUCUCUCCUGCAAGUGAGAGUGGUUUGUAUGUUUGUUACACAAAGAAAUCUUCAAAUAAAAUGAGACUAGAAUUGAA